UAUUUUUACUUUAAAAAAUGGACAAUAAAAUGCACAAUUCUCCCCGGAUCAUUAACUCCACUGAACGAACCAGAGCUCUGGGCAGAAAAAAGUAGCAGCUUUUAGGUGAAAGACUUUGCAUUUAAUAUCGAAGAGAGAGCCCAAAAUCCACCCUGAGUUCUUGUUUUAAAAAGCAUCAUGGAAGAUUUCAGAUCCAAAUCAUGCGGCGAUGGAAGAAUGCAGAUAGUCAAUUACCAUGGGUCAACAACAGGAGGGCCGGGCUUCCAUGGCAAUGGAAUCGAAGAUCUCAGGUGUUACAGUGCAAGUUAUGCUUCUUCAGUGGCGCCGCCGCCACAAACUCAACAGCCCCAAAACAAUGAUGCUAAGUUCAAGAAAGGUAAGUCAACAAAUGGAUCUUCUUCGAGAAGUUGGAGUUUUAAUGAUCCGGAGCUGCAGAGGAAGAAGCGGGUUGCUAGCUAUAAGGUGUACACUGUUGAAGGGAAGGUUAAAGGGUCUUUCAAGAAGAGUUUUAGGUGGAUUAAGGAGAGGUGUUCUAGAGUUGUCUAUGGUUGGUGGUAAUUUCUUUCUUUCUUUCUUUCUUUCUUUCUUUUCUUAUAUGUUUUAUGUUAUUAUAUUAGUACUUCUGUUUUAUAUAAUUGAGGGUUUAUUGGGAAUGGAUUCUAUUGAUGGAUAACAAUGAUCUUAUUUCGCUUUGUAUAUUUAGAAUGUCAUAAUAGCAUUAUGAAAUUUCAAUUGCUCUGGCUAGGAGCUUACCUUUCA